AUGUCGCUUCAUGGCGCCAUCACAUUUUUUGUGGAUCAGGACCCCGAGACGACAAGUGUUUCCGCGCUCGCUUGCUUAGCUUCCAGCCUCACAGAGCCGGGUGUUGCUCUCUCCCUCAUCGAUCAACACCGCUCUGUAUGCCAGAAGGUGCUCUCACAGCUCGUGGACGUUGCGAAUGAUGGCGGAAAGAAUCCUAGCGCGCGUAUUUUGGCUCUGGAAUGUCUAUACUCCCUGUCGCACGUUCCCAACGUUGGGUUUUGCACAGGGGAUUUACUUGACGCCGUCCAGAGGCUGAAUGAAACGUUUGAGGAGUUUUUUGAAACUCAGCCUCCGGAGAUCGUUAAGACUCAACAAGAGAUGCUCACAGUGUUGUUAUUUCGCUGCAGUGGUUACGCGCAUCUCAAGGCAGGAGAUCUGCUAAGACAAUUAUACAAUGGCGACGACGUCCGACUGAUGUCGGCACUGCAGGAGAUUAUCAAGAAUCGAUCGCUUGAGUGGGGCAUCGUACAGGCCUGUGUGCGUUGCAUCUAUGAGUUGACAACCCCUGCAAGUUACUUUGCCGUUCCAGACGACAAUCAUCCCAUUGAGACCACAAAGAUAAGUGCCUUUCAAGAAAAAAUAGCCGUGCUGCUCAUUCACUUAUCUCAGCAUAACUCGUUGCAUGAACUGUUUAAGGAGUUUGACGCACGCUGGGCCAUCGCUGUGCGUGAAGAAGGGCUUGAUCCGAUCCUGCAAGGCCAAAUCUCUGUGACAGACGCGGUGUGUGACGGCGUGGCGAUGCGUUUUUUGGGGGUAUUCCGUUACUUGGCAGUGAUGUUGCUGAAUUUAGCCGACUUUUGCGAACGGAUGGAUCUCGUGCGUGACUAUCAGCAGUCUUUUAUGGCGCAGCAUCAGAGUUUUCUUGGAGGAACAGUGAUACCUUUUUUGCGCCUUGCACUUUGUUGCUGGGAGGCCACCUGCGACACCACACUGGAGUCGCAGAACAACCCAUUCAUGAAUGUUGCCAUUGCCGUGUUGCGGUUGUUACGCUUUGCCCUCUAUCGACCAGUGCUGGCACCUUGCGAAACACUUGCGUCAUCACUCGGGGCCUUGACACGGCAGGUGCAUAAACUGGAGUCUCGACUUUUCAAGGAGUACAUGGGUAUGCUUGUUCUCGUUCUCACACUAGAGGGUUUGUGUAACGUGAAUGCUGUCAAGGUGGAGGUUCUGGUGGCGGACUUCACUGCACUGAUAAAUUUGAUCUCAACCGACAAGAGCCCGCUACGCCCUGGGGCGCAAUUCACGGUGGCACAAGCCUUCACGUAUUGUCUCGCAAACGAAACUUCAGUGUACUUUGACCUUGGCAAUGACUCGGUUGCGCAGCUGCAUCUCAGGCUGCAAGCUAAGGAUGCGGAAAUGGUCAAUGAGGAGGCGCGCGUGGUACAGGUAUUGGAGGAGCAACUGGAAAUGCUGCAGAUACUGAUGAUGGAACUGGCUGUUGGUCAACUUCUUGGCGAUAUCUCACUUCUUGUGCCGCUCACCGCGAGUUCUGGGGAAGCUGCAACGAGUACCACCACCUCCGGGCAGGCACAAACUUUGAAGGGUGUGGACUCUGAGACGAAGCAGGGCACAACCCACCCAAGGAAAAAGAUCAAGCAUCCAUCUAGGUAUGUUUGCAUGCUGACGAAAAAACUGAUGCGUGAGCCUGUAUUGUUACGCAACGGUCAUCAUUUUGAGUUGGACGCGUUACAGGAGGUUGUGCAUCGUGUUGGUCACGUGGAUCCUCUCACUGGUGAGACAUUUGACGACGAAAUAGAGGUGGACAUGGACCUGCAACGGGAGAUUGCACGAUACCGAAUAGAAAUGGCUACUCGCGAGGGGGGAGCGGCGGCAUCGUAG